AGCCAUUUUUUUCGGGGGGAAACGACGGUGCGUUUGAAAGACCGAUCAGUCCCAGAGCAGGGCUGAGCUGCUGGCUGUGUCCCUUUGGAUUUCUGUUAUAUUUAUUUACAAUUAUGUCUGAGGAAAUCGAGGACACGAAAACUGCCGAAGAAACGUCCACCGAGGAACAAAAGGAAAUGGAGGACAAGAUGGUCAGUCCAGAGAAAGCAGAGGAAGCCAAGCUGAAGGCGAGGUACCCCAAUCUUGGGGCCAAGCCUGGAGGCUCUGACCUCCUCCGAAAAAGACUUCAGAAGGGGCAAAAGUACUUUGAUUCUGGGGAUUACAACAUGGCGAAGGCCAAGAUGAAGAACAAGCAGCUGCCGGCGGCGGCGGCCGAGAAGACGGAGAUCACCGGCGACCACAUCCCCACCCCUCAGGACCUGCCCCAGAGAAAAGCUUCCCUUGUGGCCAGCAAACUGGCCGGUUGAUGCAAGCAUGGAAGUGGCUCUUUUUAGUUCACUUCUCAUUUCCUACCUUAGUACUGUCCCCUGUCAUGUUAGUACUGUCUCAUUCUUUCCUUUUUCCUGUCCCAUUUUCUUUGUGUAAGUGCUCUGAAAGAAUUUUGAUCAGCAGGCAGACUGCAGUUAAAUAAUGCUGCUUGAGGGUGACCAUGUUUAAAAAAAAUAAAUGAAAGUCGAUUGUAGUCUCAGUGGAGAAAAUGUUGUAAGAGCUAAACGAAUUCUACUUGAAGAUUUAAACGAACCUGUAGUUGUAUUGAGGGUAAAUGUACGUGUGUCUUGGUUUUGGAACCAUGGCACAAAUUGAUGUUUUAGUAAGUUUUACAUUUUUACCAUUCCAUAGGUCACCUAAAUGAUGAAGUCAAUGUGCUGUAACGGUUUGACAUUUCCCCCGAUGAACUUCGCGUCCCUGGUCCUAUUCUGGUUCCAGUCAUCUUGCAUUUUAUACACGUGUGGGGGGGGAAAAUGACACAUUUAGAAGGAACCACACAGCUAUGACCAGGUCAUAUUUAAUAGGAGCAUGAUUUGACACUAGGUUUUGAAACGCAGCCGCCGCCUGGCCCAAUCUUAAACUAUUACAUGGCCUUAAAAUCCCAAUUCAGCUUCUUCAGCCACGCUUUUUUCUUGGGCAAUAUUUGUCCAUUUCUGGAAAACACCCCUUCCACUCCACCAUGAUCCUAUUCAGGAACGUGGGCUGAAAACUGACCUGAGGCCAGUCUCCGUUGAGGUUUUUGUAGGUGGUGAUUAUUCCAGGUGUUCGAGGCGUGCACGUGCAUCGACUCUACUGUCACUUCUGUGCCAUUUGUUUUGUAAAUAAAAUAGUUUUGCACAAAUCACAA